CACAAACGAGUUUUCUAUGUAGGAUUGAGGUGGGAUGGUGCAGUAUGUCAUAGAGAUACAGAUCAAGUUUAUUUUCUUCAGACUGACUGGAGAGACACACUUCUGGACGGGAAAAAGAAGCUCAGCAUCUCCAUUCAUCUUCUCUUACAGCUCACACAAUCAUCAUGUACAGCAUCGUGGUGGAAAACAUCUACAUGCUGGUCAUCGUCACCCUCAUCAGCGUACUUCAGAAUGCAUUCUUUGCUUUGAAGGUAGAGAAGGAGUGCAGAAGUGUAAAUCCAAACCCAGCUGCUUUUGAACGAGUUUCUUGUGCCAAUCGUAACUGCAUGGAUUCUUACCCAACGUUCCUGGCAGUGAUGUGGUGUGCCGGUCUGUGUCUCAGUCAAGCUCCUGCUUCCUUUGCUGGGGUCAUCUAUCUUGUAGUCAGGCAGAAGUACUUUGUCGGAUACAUGGGACAAACCUCUCAAAGCACCCCAGGCUUCCUGUUUGGAAAACGCGUCCUGUUCUUCCUGUUCCUGAUGUGCAUUGUGGGAAUCUUCAACUACCUGCUGGUGCGCUUCUGCAGCAGCGACUAUAAGGAAUACGUGGAAACCAUCACCAGCGCUGCGUCUGCUCUUCUCCUACUCCCUUAGGGCAAGGUGUGUCACAUAAUGGCACAAACAACUUAUAUGUCUUUUAAUUGAACAAAAACAAAAGUCUGAUUUAAUUUCUGUUUUUAUAAAAGAGCAUUUAUUGUCUGUCAGUUUGGUAAAUAAAUAAAAUGUCAUUAACAAAG